UCGUCGCGGUGCCUCGUCUGUUGAAUCGCUGGAUCGGAUGGUUAAAAAAUGGUGUUCAAAUACCGACCAAUAUUCAACUGGAAUUUUUUUCGUAGAAAUCUAAGGCGUGCCAAGAUAUUCCCCAUUUUGUUAGCCUCAUUGGGAGUUGUGUGGAUAGUCGUGCAGCAAAUGAGACUCUGGAAUUUAUCGAGCCUGAAAUCCAUGACAGAAACAUUUGGUGACGAGCUGAGAAGAGAGAUGGAAAGACUGAUAAUAGUGAACGAGUCAGAUGACACCUGGAGGAAUCUAGGUGUCAAUGACUGGAGGGGAUUUUCCGCCUAUUUGGAGACUAGACCAGAAGUCGUUCUUGAAGAAGAUGAUUCGUUGAUUUACGCUGGGAGUACCUGGGGUUUUAUUCGAAUAAUCAGCAUAGUUCCGGUAUCAGCUGCCUCCACCCAAUUGGCCUGCAGUUUCCGCUAUCACUCCACCGCCAAUCACACCACUAUCCUGAAGAAGCCAUCAAUCAGAACUGAAUUAGUGGCAUUUGGUGAGAAUUUCGGAAUGUACUACAGCGCAGCUUACAUCCUCUGUCCACUUCCGUACCCAAACGAAGCGCUUCCGCCAGGCGCUCAAUUACCGGUGGGUUUGACAGUAUCGAUCAAUCGAGAUCGAUCGACUGACUCUCCCGAUCCCACCGACUUCAUUACCAUCCGAUAUCCAAAGCCACAAGCCACGAAUGAAAAAUCAUUCGCAGUGUGCGUUCAGCCGUUUCAUCAUCACUUCGACAAGGUCGACGAUUUGAUCGCCUUCAUCGAGUACUACCGAAUGAUGGGAGUCAAUCGUUUCACGUUCUAUCGAGACUCUGUAACAUCCGGUGUCGAUAGAGUCCUUGAUUACUACUCUCGUCUGAAUGUCGCAGUUGUUCUUCACUGGAAGCUACAGGAUCUAUACGAUUUCGAGAGAAAUCUCCGGGUCGACGGCAUCUACGCGGCACUCAAUGACUGCUUGUACAGAAGUGUUUUUUAUGAUGGGUACAGGUAUGUCCUAGGAGUUGAUGUCGAUGAAUAUAUCGUACCGAGACGCCACGACAACUUCACGGAGAUGAUGGAGCAUCUCAAUCCUGAGGGGGCUGGCAUCACUGGAGCUUGGAUUUUUAGAAAUGUUUUCUAUUAUCUGAUGUAUGACGACGAUCUAGUCACUCUGUCACCUGGAACCCCGAGGAUGAAUUUUCACAGUAAGACUCGACGAUGGGAAAGGACAAAUCCACCUCAUGACCGGAGCAAGUUCAUCGUGCAGGGAAGGGACGUUGUCGAGUUGGGAAACCAUCGAAUUUGGAAGUUGAAGAGAACUUGGUCGUUAUUCACAAGGUUCAAAGAGACCGCAGUUGAUCCCGAUGUCGGUACAUCUAAUCACUAUCGAUUCUGCGAAACGGAAAUUGAUACUUGCUGGCACCGAAAGUCGAUAAUCGACAGAACAGCCCAUCGUUUCACCCAUAAAUUGGGUCUGAGAGUGAAAAAUAUUUAUCGUACAAUCUUCCCUGGCAAUUAUAGGUGAUUGUCCAUCAGUUGUCAUCAGGAAUUGAUAACGAAAUACAUCAAUUUGUCCGAUUUUUUUUAAAUGAAACAACAAAUGACUGACGCUCCAACUAUGCCCAUCGUUAUGGGCUCUCGAUGGAAAACGUCAAUUCUAAUAGCGGGGAAACAGAUAUUGAAGCGAAUCGACUGUUGAUGCAGUGGAAAUUUGAGGACUGAUUGGUGGCUGUGGGUCACUAUCGAUUGCUACCUCUGGUGGGUCAACGUUUGCCUGGACAGUGGACAUUGCCGUCCUCAGAGUGUCGAAAUUAUGACAAGAAAAAUCGAAGAACGAGACUAACGAUUCAGACAUUUAUCACCAAAAUUUGUCAAUUAAAUUGUCAAUCAACAGAAAAAUGGACAGAAAUCGAUGGCCGAUCGAGCUUCGAAUAAUUGAAGAAAAACCGAAAAACCAUGGAGAUAAUUUCGAGAGGAUAAUUACUUGGUGGGAUUAUCCGUGGUUGUUGUCGCUCAUGGAUAAACAAUUGUAAAAAUCGAUAAAAACAUGUAUGAACGUCUGAGCGUACAUCCGAAUGAAUCCCCAAAUAAAAUGGGUCAAUUAUCGCAACGAAAAAAUUCACCAUUUAAUUUAC